AUGAUGCCUCGAUUUCUACCACCACCACCUCUUUUCACUCUUCCACCUCCACCAAUGCCACCAUCAGAUCUAUUUGAUUUAAAAAUAGUAUCUCAAUUAACUUGUUCGUCAAUUCAACAACAAUAUCAACAAACAAUGACUACUAGUUCUCGUUUAAUUUUAUUUACAAGUGCAAGUGUCAUUGUUGCUAUUCUUCUAUUUAUAAUAACACUUAUUUGGUUGUUAUCAUCUCGCAAACAAAAACAAUCACAUAAUAAUCAUAAUUUAAAAUCAACACAACCGCCGACAUCGAUCGAUUCAAUGUUUGAUUUGUCAACAUCUAGUAGUCGUUCUUAUGAAACUAUAUCAUCUAAUCAUACCGGUGUUUAUCUUGAAUCUGUUGAUACAUCGGCUACUACUUGUUCAAUAGAUACAACCGGUGCAAUAUGUAUUGAAUGUAAUCGACAGCAUGGUCUUCCACCUGCACCUUACUAUCAUAUUUUUCAUGUACCUGAUGUUGUACCAAACUAA